CUAGAAGCAGGGACUAGGGGAACGAAAGGAGGUGUAAAUAGAAUACGAAAGCUCUUGGUCUCUCUCUCUCUCCCCACUCUCUCCUCUCUUUUAGUAAAUUAAUGAAUGAAUGAUUAAUUAGCACAUAAAUAGGCUACACGGAAUCACGCCUCCACCGGGACAAGAAAGCCUGCUCCAAGCUUUUGAUAUUCGUUUUAGCCCAAUGAGACAUAUGUAUAUUUAUUCAUGUACAUAUUUGCAUUGGUAGGACUACAAGCAGGACCAGCAAGGCUUUUUAGACUUUUUUUUUUUUAUCAAUAGGCUACUUCGUUCGGAAGCUUCUAUACAACGGCCACCAAGAUUGCGCUGCUGCUGCCGCCGCUGUUAUCACAACUCAUUGCCGGUCCGAAGAUGGCAACUUUAACAAAUGGACAGGUGGACGGCACAAACGGGCUAAUGAACGGAUUAAGCCACAGCCACAGUUCAGCGGGCUGCGGGGGCACCAUCCCCAUGAAGGACCACGACGCCAUUAAACUGUUCAUCGGGCAAAUACCGCGCAACCUGGACGAGAAGGACCUCAGGCCGCUCUUCGAGGAGUUCGGCAAGAUCUACGAGCUCACGGUGCUCAAGGACCGCUUUACGGGCAUGCACAAAGGCUGUGCCUUCCUUACCUACUGUACCAGAGAGUCGGCCCUGAAAGCUCAGAAUGCCCUCCACGAGCAGAAGACCCUGCCAGGGAUGAACAGGCCUAUCCAGGUGAAGCCUGCGGACAGCGAGAGUCGAGGAGAAGACAGAAAACUCUUUGUGGGCAUGCUCAACAAGCAGCAGUCUGAAGACGAUGUGCGAUGUCUCUUCGAGUCCUUCGGCAGCAUUGAAGAGUGCACCAUCCUUAGAGGUCCUGAUGGAAACAGUAAAGGUUGUGCGUUUGUAAAGUACUCCUCUCACGCUGAAGCUCAGGCAGCUAUCAGUGCACUACACGGCAGCCAGACAAUGCCUGUGAGUUCAGUAUUCAAUAUGGGUGCAUCCUCAAGUCUGGUGGUGAAGUUUGCCGACACAGAUAAGGAGCGCACCAUCCGGCGCAUGCAGCAGAUGGCUGGUCAGAUGGGUAUUUUCAACCCCAUGGCCCUGCAGUUUGGGGCCUACGGGGCCUAUGCACAGGUGCAGCAGCAGCAGGCAGCGUUGAUGGCGUCAGUAGGGCAGGGGGGUUACCUCAGCCCCAUGGCAGCCUUUGCCGCUGCACAGAUGCAGCACAUGGCCACCAUCAACGGCCUCCCAGGGGGGCACAUGACCCCCACGUCAGGUGGCAGUACCCCCCCUGGUAUUGGCGCCCCCACAGUGACCAGUAUCCCCUCGCCCAUCAGUGUGAAUGGUUUCGCUGGGAUGCCCCCACAUCAGACCAAUGGGCAGCCCACUGCCGAAGCUGUGUAUACCAACGGGAUACACUCCUAUCCUGUGUUGCAGGAGGUGGUUUUUAGAGAGGACUCUGAGAAAAACGGUUUGGCUCAGCGGAGUUGUUUUGGAGUUCAGGGUGGCUGCUUCCUCUCUUCUCUCUCUGAAGCUCAGAGUCCCACUGCAGCAGAUCACCUACAGCAGGCUUACACAGGAGUCCAGCAGUAUGCAGCAGCCUACCCUGCUGCAUAUGGCCAGAUCAGCCAGGCCUUUCCCCAGCCUCCUCCCAUCAUCCCACAACAGCAGAGAGAAGGGCCGGAGGGCUGUAACCUGUUCAUCUACCACCUCCCUCAGGAGUUUGGGGAUGGCGAGCUGAUGCAGAUGUUCCUGCCUUUCGGUAAUGUCAUCUCCUCCAAAGUGUUUGUGGAUCGGGCGACAAACCAAAGUAAAUGCUUUGGAUUUGUGAGCUUCGACAACCCAGGUAGUGCCCAGGCUGCCAUCCAGUCAAUGAACGGCUUUCAGAUCGGCAUGAAGAGACUCAAGGUGCAGCUCAAGAGGCCGAAGGACGCCAACCGCCCCUACUAGCCACUCCUAGCCACCCCUGCCCUGGGGGAUAAGGCAGAUGCUGCACACAGGGAAACACAGGUUUUUGUUGAGCUGGAACAUAUGUUGAUUACAUGAACAACGCCAUUGAACUGACGGAUCACCGGGACACAGGUAUUCUUUGAGGCUGGUAUGAAACUGGAUCAGAUACUGGGCUGAACAUGAACAAAUAGAUGACCAAGUAACAGAAAAUUCUGUUGGAUGUACCUUUUGGACCUCAGAGAAAACUCCUGCAGGCCUGGGUAGCUCCAGGGAUCCAACUGUCUUUAUCGCCUCCCCUCUCUCUCUACCUAACCACACCUGAACGACAGCUACCUUACAGGACCACAAGUGAGGAAUUAUACAUUUAAAAAAACACGGAACAGGAUGGAGGAAACAUGGAUAAUAAGAGUUCCAAGAAUUAAACAAACUUUGAAAAAUACUUUAUGGGGGAAUGCCAUAGGAUAUCUCUAUGUAAAUGUGUUUGGGUGUGGGGAAACAACUUUUUAAAGAACAAUUUUACAGGACUAGAAACAAACAAAAAAAUGUUUCUCGGAAGAAAGAGAACUUUGUAGGGAAAGCGAUAUUUCAUCUUUAGCUUGGAGUGCCUGUCUGUUUCCAGGGGACACCGUUGGCAAGGAGAGCCAGAGCAACGGUCUCCAGGGAGUCUUACCUGUCAUUCCUUAGUUGUUUUAGGGACCAAAAGACCAAACAUUUUUAUUGCUGAGGACUUGUAGCUCUAUUAAUAUACUCAUACCACUGUAUCUCUUUUAAAUCGCUGUUAACCGAUUAAAGAGUUGCAUUUAAAAGGUGUACAGUGUGUGUGUGUGUGUGUAUAUAUAUAUACACACACACACACAAUACAUGUAUACAUACAUAUAUAUAUUGCUGAUAUGCUUUUUGAAUACAGCCAAAACUAUUUCCGAUGACCGAUGGGGUCGCUCACUUCACUAGUUUACAAUUAACUAUUCAAAAUGUUAAUUUUUCCCCCCUUCUCAUUUUCUCUUGGGGGAUGAAAUGGAGAGUGCAUGGGAAGGUUUGUUCCAUAUUGCAGCCUUACCUUUUCUAACAUGAAAUCCUAACCUCAUAGUUAAAACAACAUAAAUGUUUUGAAAUAUAUGAACUUGUUUAUAUUUGCAGUACAUAUACAGUACCAGUCAAAAGUUUGGACACACCUACUCACUGUAGGGUUUUUCUUUAUUCUUACUAUUUUCUACAUUUCAGAAUAAUAGUGAUGACAUCAAAACUAUGAAAUAACACAUUUGGAAUCAAGUAGUAACCAAAUAUGUUAUAUUUGAGAUUCUUCAAAGUAGCCACCCUUUGUAUUGAUGACAGCUUUGCACACUCUUGGCAUUCUCUCAACCAGCUUCAUGAGGUAGUCACCUGGAAUAUAUUUCAAUUAACUGGUGUGCCUUGUUAAAAGUAAAUUUGUGGAAUUUCAUUCCUUCUUAAUGCGUUGAGCCAAUCAGUUGUGUUUUGACAAGGUAGGGGUGUGGUAUACAGAAGAUAGCCCAAGUCCAUAUUAUGGCAAGAACAGCUCAAAUAAGCAAAGAGAAACAAAAGUCCAUCAUUACUUUAAGACAUGAAGGUCAGUCAAUUCAGGAAAUGUCAAGGACUUUCAAAGUUUCUUCAAGUGCAGACGCAAAAACCAUCAUGCACUAUAAUGAACCUGUAUAAUGAGGACAGCCCCAUGAAAGUGAGGAUAAGUUCAUUAGAGUUAAUUGCACCUCAGAUUGCAGCCCAAAUAAAUGCUUCACAGAGUUCAAGCAACAGACAUAUCUCAACAUCAGCUGUUCAAAGGAGUGUGUGUGAAUCAGGCCUUCAUAGUCAAAUUGCUGCAAAGAAACCACUACUAAAGGACACCAAUAAAAAGAAGAGACUUGCUUGGGCCAAGAAACACGAGCAAUGGACAUUAGACGGGUGGAAAUCUGUCCUUUGGUCUGAUUUUUGGUUCCAACCACCAUGUCUUUGUGAGACACAGAGUAGUUGAACGGAUGAUCGCCGCAUGUGUGGUUCCCACCGUGAAGCAUGGAGGAGGUGUGGUGGUUUGGGGGUGCUUUGCUGGUGACACUGUCAGUAAUUUAUUUAGAAUUCAAGGCACACUUAACCAGCAUGGCUACAGCAGUCUGCAGCAAUAUACCAUCCCAUCUGUUUUUUGCUUAGUGGGACUAUCAUUUGUUUUUUAACAGGACAAUGACCGAAAACACACCUCCAGGUUGUGUAAGGGCUGUUUGACCAAGAAGGAGAAUGGAGUGCUGCAUCAGAUGAUCUGGCCUCCACAAUCACUGACCAGCAACCCAAUUGAGUGAACAGUGAAAGAAAAGCAGACAAGUUCUCAGCAUGUGGGAACUCAUUCAAGACAGUUGGAAAAGCAUUCCUCAUGGAGCUCGUUGAGAGAAUGCCAAGAGUGUGCAAAGCUGUCAUCAAGGAAAAUUGUGGCUACUUUGAAGAAUAUAAAAUAUAAAAUAUAUUUUCAUUUGUGAAACACUUUUUUGGUUACUACGGGUGUGUCCAAACUUUUGACUGGUACUGUAUAUGUAUAACACACAAAGCUAAUGUAUUCAUAUAUAUAUAUAUAUACACAUAUAUACAGUAUAUAUGGAUAAAGAUAUUAAUCAAAAUAAGAUAUGUAUUUAUAUGCACAUAUUUUAUGUAUGUGUGUCUGUAUAUAGAACGGCUAUUGACUAUGUUGUAAUUUUUUUGUAGAUCUUAGCUGGAGUUUGAAACACUGCUGAGCUUAGGAUGAGGCGCAAAUCUGGCAGCUCCCAAAACUGCAGUCAUUCCUCUCUCUGAAAAACUAUACAUGCUGAUACACACGUAUUCCUAAAUAUAUGUGUGAAGCACAGGAGGAUGGUGGCACCUUAAUUGGGGAGGAUGGGCUCAUGGUAAAGGCAUGGUUUCCAUGUGUUUGAUGCCAUUUAAUUCCUCCGUUCCAGCCAUUAUUAUGAGCUGUCCUCCCCUCAGCAGCCUCCACUGGUGUGAAUAUUCACAUAUUUAGGUGUACAUACUAUUUGAAAAUGCAAAAAAGCCACUUCUCAGUAGCAGGCUCAAAGAGAAAUCAGGCUAAAUUAAUAUUAGAGGUAAAGGACAAACAUCUUCAACUCGAUUCCAAACCUAUCUUUUUAACUUCACAGUACACUACACAAACUUGAACAUGUACAAACUAAGUGUGCUCUUUGAAACUUUAACCAAAAUAAAUUAAUACCAUGACCUUUUCGCUCUCUUAAUUGCAUUCAGUAAGUAAGUGCAUAUAGCGUAUGGGCUGUCACCACAGGUGUGCCUUGUCACCUGCAGAAUCUGCCAUCAAGCACUGUGCUCUCAAAACUAGGGUUGCAAAAUUCUUGGAACUUUCAAUACAUUUCCUAGUUUUCCUGGAAUAAGGAGGGAAUAAGCAGGACAUCCAGAAUCGUCCAAACAGGAUUCCUGGAAAACCAGGGAAUUUAUUGAAUGUUCCAGGAAUUUUGCAACCCUACUCAUAACACUACUGCAAGCAGCCAACGCACUACGAUGAUGUCAAUACUGCAGUCGCAUCAGUCAUGUCAUUUCACAUCUCCAUAGAGAGCUUUAGCAGUAAAGCAUGUCAAAGCUAACAAAUCGUUCAGAUGUUAAGACCAUCAAUGUCCUCUCAAACAUCCAUAAAGUACCAUGAACUACUUGGACUAGCAUUAAGUACUCGGACAAUCACAGACUAAUUGUGAUGUUUAUUUGUCAUUACACUUUCUAUCAAAGUGGGCAUUAUGUACUCUCCGCUAGAACAGGAACUAAAGGGAGUGCAAGUAUAAGAAACCUUGAGGCUGGGUUCCAUUAGAUUUGAUCUAAAUUAAAUUGAUGAUAAGAGGUUAAAUGCCUGACAUUGCGAAUUGUAUGGUUAUAACUUAUUUGUGAAGUUUCAUGAUGUUAAAACAAAUUGCAGACCUAGAAAAGUGUUUUUUCUACUGUACACAAAGAAACCAGGAAGUAUUUUUUUAAUGUGAACAGCCAGCGCCAAUUCAGCCAUUGUUGUAUUGAGCUCUGUAACUGUUUCUCGCCACACCAUUCCAGUGCCAGCGUCUAACCUUUCCUAACAGACAAGGAUGUAGUGGUAAAUAAAAGGUGGGUAAACACUGAACGCCGAUCGAGACUGCCAGGCAGAUCCCAACGCCAAUGCUAACAGUGUUAAUUUAGCGCACUAGGUGCAUAACUGCUAAACAUCAUAUCAAAACUGUUUUUACCUGCAACUAGCCUCUACUACAUCCCUGCAACAAGGUCCAUCUCACCCUGUCCCCCCCGAUGCAAACAGGCCUAAAACUCUCCUUGACACAUCCAUAUUUUGUUGGGUUUGUCAAGUCAAGUGUUUCUAAAACACCUCUCCCCAUUAUUUAUCAAGGGUCAACCCUAUCUUGAGCUCUUGAGAUAUUCCCAUUGGCAUCGAUCAAUUUAUGAUAUACUUGAAAUUCAAAGUUUUAUGAGCAUCUAAAGUUAGGAUUUGAAUCCUAAGUCACUUCAAUGUGUCUCCCCUCUCCUUUAGAAAAGAGGCCUUCACUUCUCUCCAUACCAGCUUUUACUCAGCUCACCCUCUCUCCCUCCUUUCAUGUAUACUUUCCCCUUGAAAUUCAACCCUUACUCGACAUUUUGUUCUGUUUUGUCUUAUUUCCCUGCUUGCUCCCCUCUCUCUGCUUAGUUUCAACCCGAACUCCAAGACCUGAGAGUACUGGAUAGGUGUCAGCAAUAGCAUGGAAACUCCCUUAGCCUUUCAAAUAGGCUAUAGAUCCAUUAGUGCGUUUCUUAGACCUAUCCCAAUGUUUUCUAAUCGAGCAAAUGAAGACAGAGGAAUGACUGGAAUUGAGCACCUCUUUCACAAGCUCUAACUUUCAGCUGCAACUGUUUACAUAUACAUCGAGAGAACAGUGGUUAAAAAACAAAUGAGAAACAAACAGAAGUUUGAAUAUAAAUAUCUAUAAAUAUAUACAUAAACCGAUGAAUAUACUGUAAAUGCUUUUGUUGCUCUGUUUUCCUCUGUACAUAGGUUUGCAUAUUUUAUAGGAAUUUUACUUCUAUCUACAAGGACUGAAUAAAAAUUGAACUUUAAAUACUUAAAAAAGAUGAACGAAAACAGGUUUUUAAAAAGAGUCCAUAGGGAUAUGGUACAACUGUAGGACCUGACCUAGGCAUUUAACCAGAAAAGUCAGGGAGAGCAUUGAACUCAGCAUAGACAUGCAUUGACCUUUUUAUACAAGUAUUUCGGGGUGUCUUUAAUUGAUUUAUUUAUGUAUUUAUUACUUCUGUUUACAAACGAUACGAUAUGCAUGAUUUCAUGGCAUUACAUUUUUUUAUGAGUUGGUAUGUGACCAAAUAGUUUUUUAUAUUCACGUAUAGGCCUACAUUGUGGUACAUUGUUGACUACUGUUAUUGUCUACAGGAUCACGACUCCAACAGUUAACUGAGAAAUAGAGAUUAAGCUCAUAUUUGACACUUGUUUUGUUAAAAGUAAUCAGAGGUUUUUCCGCUGUUCUUUUUCCAUUUGUGAUGCUGUUUUAUUCAAUAUCAGAGCUCUACUGUUCUACUUUAUCAUACCACACAUUACCCACAUUUAUUUAAAUGUAUGUCAACUGUUCAAUCUACCUAGAUGAUUAUUGCUUAUAUAAGUCCAUUCAAAUUGCUGUAUAUUUGUAAAUGUUCACAUACAAAUUGAGAAUUCAGCUAAAUGUGGCAGCCUAUAGGCUGCAAUGACAAUAACAUGACAAUUUACUGUUUCAAAAUGUAAAUAAAUACAACUAAACCUUUCCAGAAA